UUUUUUUUUAUUCUCUCUGGUUCGCUAGCUAUCACUACUACCAUCUAAGUUUCAAUCACAGAAGGACCAGUGGUGGAGAAUAUCGCAGCAAUGCAGAGAGUGAAGAAAUUGUAUCUUGAAUUCUUACUCGUGACACUCACAGAGUAGCGCGUUCGUCAAGAGAAUGCUCUCCGCCACUGCCACUGCCACCGCUGGUGUGGUAUUUGGAAGCAAUUGGAUAACAUUACUUGCCACUCCUACUAGAUUAUUAUAUUUUUGUCAUAGCGCUGCUGCUGAUUUCCCAUUAACUAUCAAUAUCAAUCGUAGACCUCGUCAUAGAUUGCGCAAAAAUUCUUGCUCCUUCUAUUCCACCUCCUCCCCGUUCCCGUCAAUUUUAACAGAACCAGACGACGGAAAUCAGAAGAAAUCUGUUAAUGACGCUCGAUAUUCAAGUCUAAGAAUAUUGGAAUGGGAUAAGCUCUGCGACUUGGUUUCGUCCUUCGCCACUACUUCCUUGGGCCGUGAAGCCUGCAAGGAGCAAUUAUGGUCCCUCAAUCACACCUACCAACACAGCUUGAUCCUCUUGAAAGAAACCAACGCCGCUGUCCAAAUGCACAACCAUGGCGCUUGCCGCUUAGACUUCUCCUCCAUUAAUCUUCUCUUAGUAAAAUCUGGUCUUCGAAAUGCUAGACGGGGGGGGUUACCCAUCAAUGCUAAUGAAGCAAUGGCUGUUGCUGCUAUCCUGGAGUCUGCCUAUUUCUUGCAGCUCAAUCUCAAAGCUGCAAUCAAGGAAGAUGCUGAUUGGUACAAUCGCUUUAUGCCUCUUUCACAACUGAUAAUGGAAAUGGUUAUCAAUGUAUCAUUAGUCAGGGUGAUAAAACAAGUUAUAGAUGAAGAUGGCUCUGUCAAAGACUCUGCUAGUUCUGCUUUAAAACGAGCGCGUGAUCAGGUUCAGCUGCUUGAGAAAAAGCUGUCUCAGUUAAUGGACAGCCUGAUUAGGAAUGAAAUGAAAGAGACAUCUUUUCUGGAAGUGAGUAACAUUGAUGGCAGAUGGUGUAUAAACUCAGGGACUGGUCAGCUGACAAGUUUUAAUGGCCUGUUGCUGUCCAGUGAUUCAGGAACUGGAAGAAUUAUAGAGCCACUCUCAGCAGUUCCUUUAAAUGAUGAGCUGCAACAAGCAAGAGCAUCAGUUGCAAAGGCAGAGGCAGAUGUGCUUUUGAUGUUAACAGAAAAGAUGAAAAAGGAUCUUGAUGACAUUGAAAAAGUAUCAGACGCUGUAAUUCAACUGGACAUGAUCAAUGCCCGGGCAACUUAUAGUCUUUUUUUCAGAGGAGCAUCUCCCAGUUUGUAUCUUUCAGAAGAACUGGAUGGGUCUUUUUCCACUGAAACUUAUUUACCAGAAAAUGAAACCUUGAUGGCAUCAUUUCCCAAAGAGAGAGAGUGGCUAUUGUACAUGCGUAAAGCCUAUCAUCCUUUGAUGCUCCAGCAACAUAGACAAAAUGUGCAGAAAGCAAAAAAGGAAGGCAGUAAUGCUCCUGAUGUUUCUGCAUUGGAACAAGCUCACCCAGUUCCAGUUGAUUUUUUUAUCUCCCAUAAAACAAGAGUCCUGACUAUAACUGGUCCUAAUACCGGGGGCAAAACCAUUUGCCUAAAGACAGUUGGAUUGGCUGCUAUGAUGGCAAAAUCAGGUCUUCAUGUUUUGUCAUCUGAAUCUGUAGAAAUUCCUUGGUUUGAUUCUGUUUUUGCUGAUAUUGGUGAUGAACAGUCCUUGUCUCAAUCUCUAUCUACCUUCUCUGGCCACUUGAAACAGAUAAGUGACAUUCGAUCUCAAUCCACGAGUCAGUCACUGGUGCUACUAGAUGAAGUUGGUGCAGGUACAAAUCCUCUUGAAGGGGCUGCAUUGGGGAUGUCAUUGCUGGAAUCUUUUGCUGAUAGUGGUGCCUUACUGACAAUAGCUACAACACAUCAUGGUGAACUUAAGUCCCUGAAGUACAGUAAUGAUGCCUUUGAAAAUGCUUGUAUGGAGUUUGAUGAAGUGAACUUAAAGCCGACUUACAAGAUUCUCUGGGGAGUACCAGGUCGUUCAAAUGCAAUUAAUAUAUCUGAAAAAUUGGGACUCCCCAGUGUAGUUGUUUCUAAUGCCCGAGAACUUCAUGGUGCUGCUAGUGCAGAGAUUAAUGAGAAUAUCUUGCAGGUCAUAAUUGAUAUGGAAAGGUUCAAGCAAGAUAGUCAAGAGCUGUUGCAUGAGGCACGGCAUCAUCUAAUGCUCUCAAAAAAUCUUCAUGAAAAACUAAAGCUUGCCAGAAGGAAGAUAAAGGAGCAUGGUACUGAACAGAGAUACCGUAAGAUGUGGCAAAUAUCUGAGGCUGCAUCAAUGGCUCGUUCUAUCCUUCACAAGAAAGUGCAGCAGCUUCGUGCGCAUGCAACACAAACUUUUCAGCCUACAGCAGAUCAAAAACAACUGUUGACAAGUGAUAGCCGGUUUACUGCAGAGGCUAAGAAUGGACGGCCUACAGAGAGUAUGAGUACUUCAGUAGUUGAAAUCAAUAAACAACCAUCAGCAGCAAUGACUGAGCUUCCUGAGGUUGGUGAUAUGGUGCAAGUUUCUUCGCUAGGAAGGAAAGCAACAGUUUUGCGAGUGGAUCGAUCUAAGGAAGAAAUACUAGUUCAAGCUGGCAACAUGAAGCUGAAGUUGAAACUUGCUGAAAUAGGAGUUAAAUAGUAAGAAAAGGCACACUUGCAUGUGCAAAAUGGAGGUACAGAGGCAUCAUAUAAAUGACCAGCAGUUCAUGUUCCUAUCAUGGAAAACAUGCUUGUUCUGCCCUUUGGAAGGAGGGAUUUUAUCGAACAAGAUCCCAACAUCAUCUUCAGGCACAGUCAGGGGGGGAAUACUAGUAGAGAAUAAAGGGACGGGGAUUAACUGGAAACAGAGAUUCAAAAUUUCAAGAAAUGAAGAGCCUUGACGUCACCGACUGUAAUCAAUAUUCUUGGAACGGCCCACCUGCAUGCUGAGGAAAACUCAAUCCAUUAAAUGUUGUCCUCUAAUAGUUGAAGACACUGAAACAAAGGAGAGUAAAUGUUGUAUCGUUUCCCUGUUUGGUCGGUAACAGUUACGUUAAAUGACAAACCAUGUGAAUAUUACUAAUGGCAAUACAAAUAGUAACACUUUGUGUGCUCUCUUAUGA